CAAGUGUUCCAGUCGGAGAGCUUUAAGGACUGGACGUAUGUACGGAACACGGCUAAUGCUAACUAGCUAAUCCAUCGUUUGAUCUGUGGUCAAACGCGAAAUAUGAUCGCGUUUAGCAUCGAUUUAUAGUUUUUUAACGCAUGACAUGGAAAAUGAAGAUCUUGAAGCGUUCCUAGAACACUGGAAAAGUGAGCUGCUAUACCGGCCGGCGGAGCGGCCUGGUGAUGUAAACGGGGUUGACGGGAACCCAAAUGAUGGCGUUAGGGAGCCGGGAGCUGAUGGACGUAGCUGGCUAUUGCUGGGGGAUACGCGGUCGGACUGCGCGUCCGCGGCGGCAGGCCGGCAGGAGGGGUGGGUUAGUCCGCCGAGGUAUGAGACCCAGGCUACAACGAGCCGGAGGAAGAGGCAGAGGAGCAGCUCUGCGGAGGAGCCUCCAUGCAGGCAGCCCAGGAACGAUGCUUUAGUGCAGCAGCUGAUCGAGGACCUGAAUGAAAUGAAUGACAUUCCCUUCUUUGAUGUGGACCUGCCUUAUGAACUGGCACUGAAGAUAUUCCAGUAUCUCAACAGGACCGACCUGGGACGGUGUGCUCAGGUAAGCAAAACGUGGAAGGUCCUAGCUGAAGAUGAGGUCCUUUGGUACAGGUUGUGUUUGAAAGCGGGGUAUCACAGUGGGGCUGGUGUUAAUGACUCCCCCUGCUGGAAGAGCACUUUGCGCGACUGCAAGAAGGCUGAAGACACACUGCGCUACAACUGGAAGAAUCGCAUCGGCACCAUCAGUAACCUUCAGUAUGAGCUUGGCAGGGUCCUGUGUGACGUGAGCUCCUGUGAUGACUUGGUCAUCGCCGGAUACACCUCCGGGGACAUCCGGCUGUGGGACACCCUCUACUGGGACUCCCGGACCUCAUACCUGCGGCCCAGUCAUGUGAUCGCCGGGGACGGCCCAUUUUCGCAUGUCAGCCAGGUGAAAGUCAACGAGGUCGUGGCGGUGGCCGCUUACAAAGAUGGCCUCGUGAACGUGUGGAGCACAGAGACUGGUCAGGAGCCCGUCCAUCUUUAUCAGCACCUUCAGAAGGUUCAGAACGUGGCCUUGGGCUCGGAGGGCGCCGCUGUGGCGACUGCCUCUGGCCCGCAGGUACGUGUGGAUGGUCCGCUGGAUGGAGGCUACUGGACAACGCUGUGUCAGGCCGAGCUUCCGAAACCUGUAGAGUCUCUCCUGCUUGUUCCCAAGCGGCGGGAGGCCCCCCUGGCCGUGGCGGCCGCCGGGGAGAGCGUGUACCUGCUAGGGCCGGAGCGGGAGCCCAGCCUGCUCCACUCGGUCUACGGGCACCCCGUCACCUGCUUGGACGUGACCCCAUCACAUGUGGCUUUGGGCGUGAAGAGGCACGGCUGGGCCGUGAGCGACGGGGGCAACAAGAUCCAGGUGUACAGCUUACUGACGGGCCAAUCGGAAGUGACGGUGGGGAACGCCGUGGGUGACUUUACCUGCAUCAACCUGAGGGACGCCCCUGACCACCUACUAGUGUGUGGAAACAAGGACCAGAGGGUCCGCGUCUUCGACCUGCGCUGCGGCUCCUCAGUUGCAUCGCUGUACGCUCACCAGCUGGGGGUGACCACCAUCCAGGCGGACGACUGGAAGAUUGUGAGCGGGGGUGGAGAAGGCCUGGUCUGCGUCUGGGAGAUGAGGAUGAGAACAAAAUUGUGGGAGAUGCACAACAGGCACCCCGUGAGGCAUGUCAGGUUCGGCACCAGCCGGCUGGUGACGGCCAACAUUCCUGAAGAGAAGACUCCUCGAGGGGCCUGCAUCACUGACGACGACCUGACUGCCCACCGCAGGCACAGGGGUGUGGUCUACCUUUACGACUUCUCGGAGGACACCGCCGUGCCGGACCAUGUGCUGCCCAUCUGUCGUUCUGACUACACAGAGGAUGCUGGUUACAACUACAACAUCAGUCUGGCUAUGCCGUACGACGCCAUCGCAGGCUCCCGCGGUGCCCUGUGAUGUCACUCUGUCACCACGGUGACAAACGGAGGCUGGGUGCUGGGUUGGGACAGUACAUCCUACUGUAAUGUUCAUUAUACUGUAUUUCUAAUAAGUUCUCAUCUUUUUAUACAUAUGAUGUUUUUAACAGUGAUCAUUUUCAACAUAUAUAUAUAUAUAUAUUCUCUUCUGGUUAAUCUUUUACAAAACCCGUUUUAUCGGUCACAUGGCUUGUAAGAUAAGAUAAUUGUGUAAUAAUGAAAUGUCAAAAUGCAUGUACAAAGUUUGGUCAGGUACCUUUAAACCAUCACCCCCACCAGUGAGAGUGAAAUAAGAGCGAGUUACAAUGAUUUAUGUUCCAGAUGCACAGUGAGGAUGGAGUGUGGUCUUUGUAACCUGCUGUCCCCUAUCUCCUGGAAGUGAUACAUACACCCCUGUUAUGACAGUGGAAAUGUAAAAUAUGUACAAGGUUGAUUGUAUAUUUGAAUUUCUUUUCCUCUCUGUUGUUGUAUAGUUAGUUGAAGUGAGUUAUGAUUGAACAGGGCAGUGUUAAGCAUCACACCUGAAGCAUUUUGGCUUUUCAGGGCGGAUGAAUGAUUUUCACUUCCGACAGAGGGAUAUCCCGAUCCAUUGUUUUGGUACCCCGAUCAUCUGAGUAAGCCUCAUGAUUCUGCAGUAUUCUUCCUUAUGAUUUCUGCAGGUGCCUAAUUAGAUCCGACGCGCUGUUGCUGCCUUCCCCCGAAAAGAUGGCGCUGUAAACAUCGCAAGCAGCGAUUGGGCUACGUUGAGUUUCCAAUUUAAAGAAUUUCCACCUGGCUGACAUCUCAGCAGUUUGUAGUUUGAAGCCCUGUGCCACUGGUUAACUGCAGCUUGUGACGGAACCUUACAAUCUGCGAAACUGAUGUAAAUGAACCGGAUGUGGGAAAUUAAAUAGAUCAGGCUUUGGACCCGGCUGCAAUAGCCAAUACCAAUCAAAUAAAAAAAGCCUGGGCCGGCCAACUUCUGAGGCCGAUAAUUACCUGUCCAUACUUACCAACAUAUAUGCCACAUGCAGUCCUUCAGAGGGUAAGAGGCAAGCUCACUGCCUCGCACACACUGGAGGUCAUGUGACAGUGUGCAGAACAGCUGAUUGGUGGAUAGGCACCUCUGAAUUUUGUUGGGAGUGUUUAUGUGCUUCAAAUCAAAAUACCCAUGGCUGAAAUUCCUGCACAGGUGAAGUUCACACCUGAACUAAAUGUUGUGGCAUUAAACUAAUAUUUCCUAAGAAUGUACAUAUUCAUCCAUCUUCUAUCCAUGUUGGGGUGAGGGUAACACGGGUCCCUGGAGUCUAAUCGGGCUGGAAUGCACCCUGGACAGGAUGAUGGUAAUUUUUUUUUGACUUCUUGCCCAAAUAAAUUUAAGAUAUGCGAAAGCUUUUGGUGAAA